CCGCAGCCGCCGGGUGCCCCGUGUCCGCCGCCGCCGCCGCCGUGUCCCGCGCCCUCCACUUCCGGGGCCGCAGUCGGGGCAUGGAGCCGCAAGCCUGAGGCGCCGCCGGCCCCGGGUCGCCCUGCCCAGCCCGGUCGCCGCCCCGCGCCAGCCCGGAGCCCCGGUCGGUGUCUUCUGUCUGCAGCUGCAAUGGAAGCUACCUGGACCCUUUAGAAGGCUCCCACCCUCCUGAAGCCAGCUGAGCGGUUAAUGCGGAAAGUUAAGAAGUUACGCCUGGACAAGGAGAACACAGGAAGUUGGAGGAGCUUCCCGCUGAAUUCUGACGGGGUGGACGGGAUGGCCAGCGCGGGCCCGGCGCCCGACCGGGGUGACGUGGCCGACGCGGAGGCCCCGGCACCCCGCUUCCAGGUGCAGAAGCGCUCGUGGGAAGGGCUGCGGAGCAUCAUCCACGGCAGCCGCAAGUACUCAGGCCUGAUCAUCAACAAGGCGCCCCACGACUUCCAGUUCGUGCAGAAGACGGACGAGUCCGGCCCCCACUCUCACCGCCUCUACUACCUGGGGAUGCCUUACGGCAGCCGAGAGAAUUCCCUUCUCUACUCCGAGAUUCCCAAGAAGGUACGGAAAGAGGCUCUGCUGCUCCUGUCUUGGAAGCAGAUGCUGGAUCAUUUUCAGGCCACUCCACACCAUGGUGUCUACUCGCGGGAGGAGGAGCUGCUGCGGGAGCGCAAGCGCCUGGGAGUCUUCGGCAUCACCUCCUACGACUUCCACAGCCAGAGCGGCCUCUUCCUCUUUCAGGCCAGCAACAGCCUCUUCCACUGCCGGGACGGCGGCAAGAACGGGUUCAUGGUGUCCCCCAUGAAGCCGCUGGAAAUCAAGACCCAGUGCUCGGGGCCUCGGAUGGACCCCAAAAUCUGCCCCGCCGACCCCGCCUUCUUCUCCUUCAUCAACAACAACGACCUGUGGGUGGCCAGCCUGGAGACGGGCGCGGAGAGGCGGCUGACCUUCUGCCGCACAGGCUUGUCCAACGUCCUCGAAGACCCCAAGUCCGCAGGGGUGGCCACCUUCGUCAUCCAGGAGGAGUUCGACCGGUUCACCGGUUACUGGUGGUGUCCCACGGCCUCCCGGGAAGGUGCUGAAGGCCUCAAGACACUGCGGAUCUUGUACGAGGAGGUCGACGAGUCCGAGGUGGAGAUCAUUCACGUCCCGUCCCCAGCCCUGGAGGAGAGGAAGACGGACUCGUAUCGCUACCCCCGGACAGGCAGCAAGAAUCCCAAGAUCGCCUUGAAACUGGCUGAAUUUCAGACGGACAGUCAGGGCAAGAUCGUCUCGGCGUACGAGAAGGAGCUGGUGCAGCCCUUCAGCUCGUUGUUCCCGAAGGUGGAAUACAUCGCCAGGGCCGGGUGGACCCGGGACGGCAAGUAUGCCUGGGCCAUGUUCCUGGACCGGCCUCAGCAGCGGCUCCAGCUUGUCCUCCUGCCCCCUGCCCUGUUCAUCCCAACCCCUGAGAACGAGGAACAGCGGGUGGCCUUCGCCAGAGCUGUCCCCAAGAACGUGCAGCCGUUCGUGGUGUAUGAAGAGGUCACCGACGUGUGGAUCAACGUUCAUGACAUCUUCUAUCCCUUCCCUCAGGCAGAGGGAGAAGAGGAGCUCUGCUUUCUGAGAGCCAACGAAUGCAAGACGGGCUUCUGCCACCUGUACAAAGUCACCGCGGUUCUAAAGCAGAGCAGCUACGACUGGAUGGAGCCCCUCAGCCCUGGAGAAGAUGAAUUUAAAUGCCCCAUUAAGGAGGAGAUCGCUCUGACCAGCGGUGAAUGGGAGGUUUUGGCAAGGCACGGCUCCAAGAUCUGGGUCAACGAGGAGGCGAAGCUGGUGUACUUCCAGGCCACGAGGGACACGCCCCUGGAGCACCACCUCUACGUGGUCAGCUACGCGGCCGCCGGCGAGAUCGUGCGCCUCACCACGCCCGGCUUCUCCCACAGCUGCUCCAUGAGCCAGAAUCUGGACAUGUUCGUCAGCCACUACAGCAGCGUGAGCACGCCGCCCUGCGUCCACGUCUACAAGCUGAGCGGCCCUGACGACGACCCCCUGCACAAGCAGCCCCGCUGCUGGGCCAGCAUGAUGGAGGCGGCCAGCUGCCCCCCGGACUACGUGCCCCCGGAAAUCUUCCACUUCCACACACGCUCCAACGUGCAGCUCUACGGCAUGAUCUACAAGCCACACGCCGUGCAGCCGGGAAAGAAGCACCCCACUGUCCUCUUUGUCUAUGGAGGCCCCCAGGUGCAGCUUGUGAAUAACUCCUUCAAAGGCAUCAAGUACUUGCGGCUUAACACACUGGCGUCCCUGGGCUAUGCUGUGGUGGUGAUCGACGGCAGGGGCUCGUGUCAGCGGGGCCUUCGGUUCGAAGGGGCCCUGAAAAACCAAAUGGGCCAGGUGGAGAUCGAGGACCAGGUGGAGGGCCUGCAGUUUGUGGCCGAGAAGUACGGCUUCAUCGACCUGAGCCGCGUCGCCAUCCACGGCUGGUCCUACGGGGGCUUCCUCUCGCUGAUGGGGCUCAUCCACAAGCCCCAGGUGUUCAAGGUGGCCAUCGCGGGUGCCCCGGUCACUGUCUGGAUGGCCUACGACACGGGGUACACUGAGCGCUACAUGGACAUCCCCGAGAACAACCAGCACGGCUACGAGGCGGGCUCGGUGGCCCUACACGUGGAGAAGCUGCCCAACGAACCCAACCGCCUGCUCAUCCUCCACGGCUUCCUAGACGAAAACGUGCACUUUUUCCACACAAACUUCCUCGUCUCCCAGCUGAUCCGAGCAGGAAAACCUUACCAACUCCAGAUCUACCCCAACGAGAGACACAGCAUCCGCUGCCCCGAGUCCGGCGAGCACUACGAGAUCACCCUGCUGCACUUUCUCCAGGAGCACCUCUGAGCCCGGCCCACCCGGGGCCUGCACCUUCAGAGCACAAGUGGCGCCAUCGCCACCGCCACCGGGGACGCCGACGGGAGAGGCCGAGUGGCCCUGCAGGCCCCGGCGCGGCACCUCCUCCCGCCGUGCCCGCCGGACCCCCAGCCCCUCGCCCGCCGGGAGCCACCUGCCUUUGCCCACCAAACGCCUUUGAUUAUUUUUUUAACGCUCCUGUUUUUUUUUUGCCUGCUGCUGCUGCUUCACCAGGACGGAGAGGUGGCGGCCAUUGCCACGUGGCAGCUCCCCAACCUGCCCCUCCUGUCCCUGUCUUCUGGGGACUCCACAGGAGACAGGGAUCCAAGCCCCACUAGAGAGUUAAGAGCUCAGAACUGGGGCCGCCUCAGCCAGAAAAGGUUCGGGAGGAGCUGGACAGGGUCCCCCGGUGCUGUCCUCUCGGCACCCCCCAGCUGCAGUGACCAGAACGUUCUCUGCCUCGGGGCCCCAGACGGCCUCUCUGUCCCCGACCCCCCUUGCAGCAGCACGCCUUUGCCUGCCCCCGACCCCAGCUUCCUCUGUGUUUUUUUGUUUUUUUGUGUGUGUGGUUUUUUUUUGGGGGGGGUGGGGGUCGUGUUUUUCAUAAUUAUUUAAAAGACAAAAAGCAAGGGAUGCCGAAAUCUGGAGUCGGGGCCUGCUGCCGAGCAGUGGGGUUCAGCCCCACCCCUGGUGAGCCCCGCUUCUCCUGAAGCCCCCCGUGGAGGGGUCGCCCCUGCCACCCCGCGCCCCCCCAGGCCGGCACUGAAACCCACCAAGCUUCAGUUCUCUGCUGGUCAGUGGCUGUCUCCCGCCCUCCCCACCCCAGCCCCCCUAGAAAAGCGGGGUUCCGGGGCCCACAGCUGGAACCCCCACCCCCACCUCAGGGUCUGCCUCCCCUUCCGUCCCCUCCCCGCCAAGGGUUCUGCCAGGGCCGGGGCAAUUCAAAAAAAAAGAAAAGAAAAAAAAAGAACAGAAACAAACCACCUCUACAUAUUAUGGAAAGAAAAUAUUUUUGU